CAAAUGCAAAGGAGAAUGGGAAUCUGGGAAUGAGAAUUCUUACAUUCUUGUCCAAAGAUCAUUGGUGAAUGACCCCAUUUUUCCAGAAAAGCAAAACUUGGCCAUAAACACCUAAAAUGAAGAGCCCCCGAACUUUUGAGGAGCAAACGGAAUGCAUUGUAGACUCUCUACUCACAGACUUCUUAGGUCCCACUUGUCAGGUUGCCAACCGGACCCUACGUUGUGCAAACGAACCAGAUUCAGGAGAGGUCUGCUCUUUUGAUGUGGCCAUCAUUGUUGGUCGCCUUCGGAUAUUGGGUGACAAGUUCAAUGGAGAAUUGGAAGCUCCUGCCAGAAACAUCAUCGCAGAAACCAUUCAGGGACAGGCAGGAGCUGUACUUCAGGACACAGUAAAAUCUCUCAGCAAGGCCUGGUGUGCCCAGGAUUCCAGCUUGGCUUAUGAGAGAGCCUUUCUGGCAGUGUCAGUGAAACUUCUUGAAUAUGUGGUCCGCAUGACUCCUGAGAUGGCAAGACAGGUGGCUACGCGCAUGACAAAUAUGAUCAGUGGGAACACUGCCAUCCGAGAGUAUAUCCAGGGCCAGGGAGGUUGGGAAAAUCUGGAGAGCUGAAGAAGAGGUGGAGCUGUUUUCCAGCCUGAAAAAUUUUGAUCUUCUUUGACUGAUCGGGUGAUUGAUCUCUGGCAAUUAAAACAGAAACAACCAAAUCAAAACCCUCUUUCUCUUGGACAGAACUGAACUUAGCUGAAUAACCUGUUUUCUACUGAUUGUUAAAGUUAGGAGCAGCUCCCAGAGGUCUAUAGAGAUUUUAUACUUUCUGUUUUUACAUGAGUUUUAAUGAGGUUUUGUUGAAGUAGAGACCUCCAGACUUAAAAUAAUGACUUGUUAGUAGUGGAAUUCCAGGCAACGGGGCAGGCAUUUGCUGGAGAUACUGUGGGGAAAAGGGAGCACACAGUAAACCAUUCCUUCAGAUUUAGUCCUGUCCUCUGGUAAGGAUCUUGUCUACUAAUUUUGCGGUCUAAAGGGUUUCAGGGAGAUCUUUGGUUAGAAAACCUUGUUAUUUUAAGUUGAGGAUUUUCUUUUAAAUUCAUAACCUAAAUCUCAUAUUAAUUUCACCUGAGCCCAAUUAUUUUAUGUAUUUUCAAGGCUGGAAGCAAAAAAAUAGCACUUUGUUCAUCUGCUCUUCUACUAGGAAGGCCAAAGAGCGAUAAAACAGUUGCUGCAUUUUUAUUGCCACAGGAUGCAGGAAGUGCUGGCCCACUUCUGGGACAGUAGGGCCAUCCCAGCUUAGAUGAGGCUAGCUACAUACCACAGUGUUUUUCAAAGUGCAGUUUGCAUACCACUUGCAUGUGACCUUAUACGUUGCUGAUUUCUAGGCCCCAUCCCCUAGAUAUUCUGAUUCUGUAGGGAAGGGCUGGGGCCUAGGUUCCUAACUUUUUAAUCAGAUCCACUGGUGAUUCUAAUGUACACAUAAAUUUUGAGAACCGUCACUUUAGAGCAAGGGUUGGGAAAUUAGAGCCCACAGGCCCGAUCAGCCUACCGCUUUUUAAAUUUUUUUUUUGUAAAGAAAGUUUUAUUGGAAUGCAACUACACUCACUUCUUUACAUAUUAUUCAUGGCUGUUUUAGCAUCGCAGCAGCAGAGUUGAGUAGUUAUGGCAGACACCAUAUAGCCUCUCCUGUAAAGCUUAAAAUAUUUACUAUCUGGCCCUUUAAGUUUGCAGACCCCUGCUCUAAAGCUAAAUGAACAUUUCUCCUUGAGUAAUUUAAACUCUGUUGCAAUCCUGAUAAUUCCAAACAGAACUCUAGAUAGGAUAAGUCCUUUUUCAGAAUUUAGUCUGAGUGUUUGUUAGUUUUUGCGUAGUCCACACUUUUCUCUAGAAUCUUUGGCAAAAGGAGUUCGGUGACUCCUGAGUAUUCGAUAGAAGGUAUAUAUUUCCCUGGCCCUGCCGCAAGUGAUUGGAGGUAAAGCAUAUGGUUUCUAUGGUCUGUGUAUCUCAUAACAGUUCUUAAUAAUCUCAUAGAUUAGUAGGCAGUCAUCAAAUAGAGACUUCUUCAUCUCUAAGUCCCCAAACCAGACAAUUUACCUGAACAUCAGGAAGAAAAUCACUACUAAAGCAUUGCUAUAUCUAUUUUUUUAAGAGAGGCGUUAAUGGCUUUGGCUAAAGUUUAACAAAGUUAACCACAUCCCCUCCCUUCACCCAGCCAGCCAUCUGGCUCCCCUAGAUACACAGAAAUAAAGCUGUAGUGCUGUUAAUGUAUUCUGACUUUUUCAAGUUAUGCUAUUUCCUCUAUUCUUCAAUAAAUCACAAUUAGAUUAAGUAAUCCAGAAAUGAGAUUUCAUGUUUCUCUUUAGAAGAAAUUAGCUUUUUUUGCUACCAAUUUAAGACACUUGAUGUAUUCCUCUGUCCCUUACAUUACUGUAAACUCAGCAUGGUGAGUUUUGUGGUAUUUGACCUCUUAGGUGAAAUCAUUAUUUUCACUUUGACUAAUGCUGUUCUGUUCAUGAAAUAAAAUUCUUCUCUGUAUGCAUUUGAACUAAUUCUCAGCAAGUGCAAUCUAAAUUGAAUGAUAUAGAA